AACAAAAACGUGGAGAAGGAAAUCAUUCAUAACAUAGUGAUAAAUAUCAGGAUUUUUUGUUUCCAUCAGAUGAAAUCAGGAUGAACCCAGAGGCUCGCACACACACUCAUCCGGGAGUCAGGAUUGGUCAUACCCUUCGCACUGUUUCUCAACUCGUGCUCCUAUUGGCUGUUGAAAAGAAGGAGACCGUGACGUCAGUGGGACGCGCCGAACUCCAGUUUCCAAAGUUUAGAGUGAUGCUAAGGUUAGCCGAUGGACGACAGUGAGUCUCUGUCCUCAUUAACGGCGCACAGAUGGAUGACAUCAAUGUUUUACACCACAAAUGCCUUCUCAAUUUGAGGCGUAGAAUUCAAGACAUAGGAGAUGGUCGCGCAGCACAGGAUCGAUGCAUGAGGUUGCAGAAGGAUGGAGACACACUUAGUUACCAAGGGAACUCCGAGGAAGUGGGUUGCUAUGUGGCUGGCCAUCCUUUAUCAAAGGGAAAUUGCUACUUUGAGGUAACAAUAGUGGACACAGGAGUGAGGGGAACCAUCGCGGUGGGCCUGGUGCCUAGAUUCUACAGGCUGGACCACCAGCCUGGCUGGCUGCCAUACUCUGUAGCUUACCAUGCUGACAACGGCAAGUUGUAUAAUGGUAACCCUGUUGGAAAGCAGUUUGGGCCAAAAUGCGCUCGUGGUGACCGCAUUGGCUGCGGCAUACACUCAGAAAACACAGAAGCUGGUCUUACUACUGUCUUCUUCACCAAAAACGGCAGAGAGGUGGGUUCAAUAGAGGUUCCUGUGUCGUGUGAGGGCCUUUACCCGGCUGUAGGUAUGCACUCCAUGGGGGAGGAGGUGAAGGUUGACCUGCGGGCGGAGUGGCUCUUGGAGGAGGAUGAUACCAUGAUGAUGGUUGACAGCCAUGAAGAUGACUGGGGACGACUCCAUGACGUCAGAGUCAGCGGCAUGCUCCUGGAAUAUGUUGGCAAAGGAAAGAGCAUCAUGGACGUUGGUUUGGCUCAGGCCCGCCAGCCGCUCACCACCCGCUGCCACUACUAUGAAGUGGAGAUAAUUGAUGCUGGGGAGAAGUGCUACAUCGCCUUGGGCUUGGCAAGAAGGGAUUAUCCCAAAAACAGACACCCUGGGUGGAGCCGAGGGUCCGUCGCCUAUCAUGCAGAUGAUGGGAAGAUCUUCUACGGCAUCGGAGUUGGAGACGCUUUUGGGCCCCGCUGCUUCAAAGGGGACAUUAUGGGUUGCGGCAUCAUGUUCCCACGUGAUUACAGCCUGGACGGAGACGGUUCAGUUGACGUGGAAGACUUGGGUCAGCUGGAGGGCCGGCCCAGUCAAGAUGGCGUCCGGAACGUUCUGUAUCUUAAUGGUGAAGACGAGGAAGAGGAAGAGGAGGAAGGGGACGAAGUCGCUCAGGAUCAGCAGGGAAGGAAGGUGACGGUGUUCUUCACCAGGAACGGGAAGCUGAUGGGUCGACGGGAGAUGGCGGUCCCCCCUGGGGGUCUGUACCCCACCGUGGGGAUGCUGAGCAGCGGUGAGAAAGUCAAGGUGGACCUGCGUCCUCUCAGCGGAUGAACCGAGCAGUCUUAGGCCAGAGCACGCACCAUCCAGCUGCACACACGCACGUCUUCCUCUGCACUGCAUCGAAUUAUAUUUAUAAAACUAGUCAUCGCAGUAAGAACAGACCACAGGCUCUGGCAGCAAUGGUUACUUCUAUGCAAUCUGCUCUGCUACCAUCCUCCUUCUGCAUGCACCUUGUCUCUACGAAACACUGAGCUGGUAAAUGCCCUCAUCUGGUCCCGCUUUUUUCCAUUUGUCACGACCCCGAGCAAAGCGGAGAGAGGCCAACGUCAGUUUGUUUCAGGGAACAGGACUCCCUCCCUCUGGGCGAUCAGGGACCUCACAUGCUGCUCUCCCAGAGCCAGACAUGGAGCUCCUCUGUUUCCUCAGAGUCCUCCUUAAAUCAGUGUUGCGAAACAAACCAAGCGUUCGGUACGUCUGCUGAGAAGCGCCGUGUCGGAUAUUUUUUUCCAAGAGCUCAAUUUGCAGCCAAAAUCCAAAUAAAAACGGGUCAGCAAACAUUUUAUACAUGCCAUCUUUGAAAAACAAAUAUUUAAGUGAAUUUAUCUCGUUCAGGGAAUACUUGUGUGUUUUAGCACUUUAAUAGAUAAACUUUGGCUUUAUAUUCUGGAUCCAAACUGUGAGCAAAGGUAGAAACUUUAAGAACCAGUCCAAUGUUGACUGAUCAAUUUAUGCAAUCCACAUAAAAAAGUGUAAAUAAACAACUUAAUGUUUGGAAGAAAGAUUUAAAUCUGCUCAGUUUUAUCUCCAACUCCAGUCCUGAGAAUUGCUAUCCACCAACCUCUAGAUGAGCAUUCAACUCUGCAGGAGCCAGAGAACAACGUGUUCAUGUACUUCAGGUGAUUUGGACAAGGCAUGCAGGAUCGUAGCUCUCAGGACUGAUUUAGACACCCAGCUUAAUGUGAAAAACAUGCUGCAUAUUUCCAUGCAGAUGUUCGUUGUUGCAUGCUCAUUGGUUCCCUGCAUUUCACUGAAGGCUGGCGAGAACAAUUCUGCAUCACAAAGUUCAGGCUGAUAUUUCCCUUUAAUUGUUGCCAGAUUUCUACAUUGAGCUGCAGAGUUGAGUCUGUUUUGUUUCUCAAAUGAUUAAAGUUUGAUGAAAAAAGACGGGUCAGCGACAUUAAAGUUUAUUAAUGAACAAACAAGAGUCUCAGUAGGAAACUCCUGGUAACUCCUCAUGCUGAUCACCAGAUUGGUCACACUCUGAUGCCCAAAAGUAUUAAUAGCCUGGGAGAUUUAGAUGCAAAACUAUUUUGAGGUGGCACAGACAUCUCUCAAAAAACAAAAGGACAAUGUAUAAGUGUGUCAUAAAUAUAUAUAUUUAUAUUUUAAAGCUUCAAUAUGUAACUUGUUGAAACUGUUACUAUGUCGUAACAGUGUCACCUGAGAAAGAUAAUCUGUGAAAAAUCAAUCUCAUUUGCCUUGUCUCAUUGUUAACUAGAAACAACCAGUCAGAGCCAGGAGGCGGGUCUUAGCGCUGUCAAUCAUCCUCCGUGUGGCACUGCUAGCAGAACCUUUUAGUUACAAUGGCAGAUAAAUUGUUUUUCUGUAAAGGUGGGUUGGGUUUAGCAGCGGGUAGAUGACGUUGAUUAGCAGCGCUAAGACCCUCCUCUUUGCUCUGAUUGGCUGCUUUUGGUCAGGAGCGAAUCAUUUCUUAAGACAGUUACAUUAGCUCAGGGAAGAGGUGGAAGUUUUUACAGAUUAUUUGUCUCAUGCUGUCACAACAUGGUUUUAACAAAAAAAUUUUUUUAUUUUAAAUAAACGUUACAUCUGCUGCAGCUUUAAUGAAAAAAAUAACUUGGUCAGAUUAUUUCCAUCCAGAAGAAACAGGAUGGAAACCUAAAUCACUUCACAACAAAAACAUUACGAAAUCAAUCAGAUAAAUGAUUAGUAAAGGCAGAGAGGCAUCCUGGGUCGUAGGAAUCAAACAGCAUCAGCAGCGUGAGGUGAACUGAGGACGGAGUUUCUGGUUCUGAGACAUUUAAAAGAGGACGUCGACUCUGCCGACCCGAUUGCCUCAGGCAGCUUCAGGCAAAGUUCAGCAGCUGCAGCCACAUUCGAGCCGCGAGUCGGAGAACGGCGAACCGCACUCAAAAAAUCAGUUCUGAGUGGAAAAAUCUCCCAUAAUGUGGUUAAUUCUAACAUCAGGUUCUGCUGGGCCGACCUGAACGCUGUGAUGCGGAAUCCAACAUCAACAAAAGCUUUGUGAGUCUGGUGGAGCUGGUUUCCACCUGAAAACAAUCGAAUCUGUAAAAAUAAACCAACUAGGCCUGUCAUAAUAACAAAUUCACUGGACGAUAAAUUACCCAGAAGUUAUCGCGAUAAACGAUAAUAUUGUUGUUUUGAGACCAUUUUCAAGUAAUAUAAUGGUAAUAAUGCAAGAAUCCAUUCUAAAAGGUAAAUAAAUCUAGUGAACAUUUAACACUGGAACUGGAAGACAUUUUAAAUAUCCCAAAUAAAUAGAAUAGAAUAGAAUUCAACUUUAUUGUCAUUGCACUGUCACAAGUACGAGCAACGAAGUGGAGUUUGAAUCUAUCCAGAAGUGCUAUACAGAAUAUAAAUAUUUAUUUACAGGUGUACAAGACUAAAUAUAAAUAUAAAUAUGGGAGCUAUAUGCACAAAUUAUACAAGAGUGUUAGGAAAUGGAUUAUAUAUGUAUUAGUAGGUUUAUAAUACAAGAUAAAUAAUGGCAGAUAAGAUUUACAGGUUGCAUAUGUGUGUGAGGAAAACAGUCCGUGGUAAAUAAACAAUAAAUAAAUAAACAAAACUCAAAAACAACAAAUAAAAUAAAUUAUGAAGUCUCUGUUUUGGUCUCAAUUAUCCCUUUUUUUGAAGGACAGUUUUAUUUACAAACUUUUAUCCUUCAGAUUUUGGUAAAUUAAAAAGUUAUCAUGCAAUUAAAUGGUUUAUUGCUUAUUGUGACAGGCCUACUGCCUUUUUUAACAGGGUUUAUGACACAAACCAGCACAAAACUGUGAAGUGGAAGUGAAAUAAAGUUUUUUAAAUUCAGUUUUUACAUGGAAAAUGUUGCUAUGCAUUUGUAUUAAACCCCUGUUACUCUGAUACCAUGAAGAAGAUCAAACAGCAGUUCAAAACAAGCGCUAAGAUCCGAACUAAAAUAUAAAUCUAUAAAAAUAAAAAGUACUUAAAAAUCAAACAGAAAAACUAAUUUAUCUCUAUAUUUCCACAUUUUUUAAAAUUAAAAUGAGAUGUAUAAAUCAAUAAUCUGACUGCCAUGAGCAGAGGUAAUAGAAACACAAAUACAAAUGCAUGCCACACUUUUCAGAUUAAAUGUUACCAGAAAUAUGACAAAGGUUCCUUUUUCUUCCACUUUGCAGUUACGAACCACUUUGUGUUGGUUUAUCCCAUAAAAUCCCAAUAAAAACAUUUAAUUUUGUGGUGGUAACGUGACGAAACGUGCAAAACGUUCAUGGGCUGUGAAUACUUUUGUAAAACGUGACGUAAAACCUCUGCACAGCAUGACUUUGAAAUCACAUCUGCUGGCGUCUCAGUUUCUAGCUGUUAUGUUUUCAUUUUCUUGAAAAGUUGAAUAAACUCAGCUGGAAUCAGUCAGGUUUUGUUCUGACUGGAUAAAAACUGGAAAUAAAAGAAAAUGUCGCUCAGAUUGGAGCUAAACGACUUUAAUUCACUUUCCAAAUACAAUCGUUCUUGUUGUAAAGUUCUGUCUUGUUCAACUGCACUAUGAUAUCCUGACUCACAUGAUCAUCAAUAAAUGUUUUAUUAACGU